AUGGCUUUCCUAUCCAGCCUCACACUUCCUCUGCUCGCCCUUCUCCCUGCCCGUGCCCUCGCCCAGUCUACUCCCCUGGACGCUACCGAAAUAUGCACCGCCUACUUCGGCAACGACGCUGCAUGGUACAUUCCCCGGAUCCCCAUCUUCCAGUCCAGUGACACACAGCUCAACGACGUGUAUUACUACCGCUGGAACAUCUUCAGGGCCCACCAACGGGACCUCGGUGCAAACGGCUACAUCUCGACCGAGUUUAUUGAUGAUGUGUCGUGGGAGCUCUUCCCGUUCGCCGCCCUCAACGAUGCGACGGGGUUCCACCUGGGCGAGGGCCGGUGGUCGCGUGACAGGCGGUUCGCUCACGACUACGUGGAUUUCAUGUACAACUAUCACCCGGAGACUUCGACCUACGGCAACGACAGGCACUUCAGUGAAGCCAUCGCAGAUGCGUCAUGGCGCGUGUUCCUCGUGGACGGCGACCUGAGCGCCAUCUCGCAGCACCUGGACGCCAUGAAGACCAUCUACGACCAGUGGGUUGAUCACUUCGACUCCAGCAAGGGUCUGUACUGGGUCGAGCCACUGGCCGACGCCACCGAGUACACCAUCUCCAGCAUCGAUGCCAGCGGCGGCCAGGAUGGUUUCACCGGCGGGGAGAGCUUCCGGCCGAGUAUCAACAGCUACAUGUAUGCUAACGCGAAGGCGAUCGCGAGCAUCGCGUCGCUGACGGGCGACUCGGCCACGGAACAGCUGUAUACGGCUCGUGCGGACUGGCUUCAGGGAAACUUUACGGGCAGCCUGUGGAACAGUACCUUUGAGCACUUCAUCGACCGAUUCAAGGUGGACAACCAGUAUGUCAAGUAUUGGGACUUUAUCCGCGGCCGUGAGCUCGUGGGCCUGGUGCCGUGGAACUUCGACUUUGUACCCGCGUCCACGUCCGAGGUGGACUACAACGCGGCGUGGAAGCACGCCCUUAGUGCGGACGACCUGCGUGGCGAGGCCGGCCUGCGGACCGCCGAGCCCAGCUACGAGUACUACAUGCGGCAGUACCGCUACGACAGCGUCUCGAAGCUCAAGGAGUGCCAGUGGAACGGGCCCAUCUGGCCUUUCCAGACCACCCAGGCGCUUGGGGCGAUGUCCAACCUCCUCGACCACUACAACCAGUCUGUCGUGACCAACAAGGACUAUGUCGAUCUCCUCAGGCAGUACACGCAGCUGCACUUCGACUCCGCCGGGGUGCUGAACCUUGAGGAGGAUUACUACCCCAACAACGGCUCGGCGCUCGUCGGUCUGGCGCGCAGCCCUCACUACUUCCACUCCGGGUACGUUGACCUGAUCCUGUCUGGGCUAGUGGGAAUUCGGCCUCGCGCGGACGACUCCCUGGAGGUGAACCCGCUGGUGGACAGCAGCAUCUCGUGGUUCCGCGUGGACAACGUGCCGUACCACGGGCACAACGUCAGCGUGCAGUGGGACGCAGACGGGUCGCACUUCGGCAAUGGCGCCGGGCUGGUCGUCGAGGUCGACGGGGCAAAGGUGGCGUCGUCGCCCACGCUGGCCCGCCUCGUUACGCCCAUCUCGGCCGCCACGGCCGCCGCGAUCGACAAGCCGAUCGCCAAGUCCAUCCAGCUGCAGAGUGACAGUGACUACCCCGUGGCCAGCAGCUCGGUCUCGGGUGCCGACGUGCAACAGCUCCACGAUGCCAUCGACGGUAGGGUCUGGUUCUGGACCGAGAUCGUCAACGGGUACAACUCCGCCGCCGGCGACGGCAACUCGUCGCAGUGGUUCGCCGUCGACUUUGGCGCCAGCACCGAGGUCAGCCGCGCCGAGAUCGCCUUCUACGAGGGCGACCAGCCGGGGACGUACACCUACGUGGACGGCACCUAUGCAAGCGUGACGGGCACGUACGCGGUCCCGGCGAGUUACGUUGUGCAGGUACAGAAUGGAAGUGGCAACUGGACGGAUGUAUCGACCACGAAGGCGGACGAGCCCCUUGCCAAUGGAAUCACGAAUGUCGAAUGGGAUGCUGCGACGACCAAUGUUGUGCGGCUUGUCUUUGUGCCCCAAGCUGGGAAGCAGGUUCGCCUUGUGGAGUUCAAAGUCUUCUGA